GCUUUACAUAUACCAGCGCCAUCUGGUUGAGAAAUAUCUACCUAGAGAAAGACACAAAACAAACCAAACAUUGAUUAAUUUUUUCGUACAAAUUCCACCCCUUGUGUUUGUCUGACACAAAAUAAGGAAAAUCCACAUCUUAUACCACAGCGUCGCUACGCAAACCACAAUCGUUUCGCCGUAAAACCAAUCCAAACAACAUGCUGUACCUUGAGGACUAUUUAGAAAUGAUUGAACACCUCCCCAGAGUUACGGAUCGCUUUACGCAAAUGCGCGAGCUCGAUUUGUCUGUACAAAAUAAUGUCGACACGCUCGAGAAGCGCGUGAAGAAUCUCUUCAACGACUGCAAACGCGUACCGGAGAUAACCCCGAAUCACGCUGAAUUCCAGAACAUCCGCCAGGAGUACCACAAAACCCUAGAGGAUGCCGAUGAGAAAGUACAUCUAGCAAAUACAAUGUAUGACUUGGUAGAUAAAUACCUCAGGAGGCUAGACACUGAACUACACAAGUUCAAAUGUGAGCUUGAGGCGGACAAUAAAGGCAUAACCGAAGUCCUGGAAAAACGCAGUUUAGAAUUAGACACACCACUAUCAAGUGGCGCGCUGAGUUCACAAAAAGAAAACCGAUACGAGAGAUACAAUCGUCCACGCACCGAGAAACGUCGCGAUAGCAGCACGAACGUGAAUAGUUUCCCGGAGAAACGCCAAGCUGUUAAUAUCACUCAGGCAGAACCCCGCGGACAUAAUUCCCUAUCGAAUUCAUCCAGCGUUGUCACACCAACAAGUAAUUCACCAUCACCGCAAUUUAAUCUUGGCCAAAUCGGUGCUGGACAAGCAAUUGCCACGGCUGCAUCGCAAGCAAUCGCCGCAACGCAACAAAUGCAGCAGGGAAGACGCACGGCAAGCUUGAAAGCAUCCUAUGAGGCUGCCCUGACUGGUUUGAACAUGCAUGAGCUGGCGAUUGGGAAAGAUCUCGCCGGGCUGCACACACCGCGUUCCAACAAUCAAUUGUACAAGACACAACAAAAGAAACAGAAAAAGGUGUCGACUAGCAUCCAGCAGGUGAUAACUGCACCAGCGGGGAGUUCAACACCCGGAUCCCCAGCUGUAGAUGUACAAACACAGGAAGUAACCGAUGGGGAGUGGACGUAUGAUCCGAAUGAACCGAGAUAUUGUUUGUGCAAUCAAGUCUCUUAUGGAGACAUGGUCGCUUGUGACAAUGAGGAAUGUCCUUCCGAAUGGUUUCAUUAUCCUUGUGUUGGUAUCACUGCACCACCGAAAGGAAAAUGGUAUUGCCCGCAAUGUGUUACAAUGAAACGCCGUUCUCGAAAGAAUUAAAUUUGUUAAUAUGAGGUGGGCGGUGUAGUAUUAUUAAUUAAAUAAGAUUAAUUACGUAAAGCCCAAAAUGACAAGAAAAUAAAUAAAUAAGCAACAAUACAAGACAUU